AUCAACACUCUCCAGUUUAAAAUCAACUCCGUGGAAGAACUUAUCUCUAACCACGAAGGGAUGGAAAUCAGAGAGAUGAUAAAUGCUCAAAAUGGGAUGCAAAAUGAGUCUGAGGAUGAAAUCCAAAGAGAGAAAAAUCCCAUUCACCAAUCAAAUAUCCAAAAAUUUAAUCAACUAUGAAAGAAAAGAGUAUUGUUGAUCAAGAAAUAAACCUAACAAUCAAGUUGCGAAACAGGAACAUUUAACAAUAAUAAAAACCAAUUAUUCAAAAUAAGCCAGAGGAUAAUACCCCAAGAAAUUCUCCACAACAUCCCCAAGUUUUCCCAAAUCAAGCUCAGCAAUCCAGUAUCAUUCAGGAGAGGGAAGAAAGAGAUAAAACAUUCCAAUAUCUUAUAUUAGAGUUUAUAAAAUUCAUCAGAUUUAUUUCCUUGGGUCCUCCUAUGUAG